GUGGCUGCUGUUCCCGUCGGAGCUCGGACCCGCACGGACCGAAUCAAAACGAAACGCGGCUCGACGAGACACUUCCGUCCCGCGGCUCCUCGUCCCGCCGACUCGGUCCGACACCCGCGGCUCCAGAUGAAGUUCCGGGGGAAGAUCGUGGACGUCGCCUGCCUCAACCACUUCACCCGAGUCGUCACCACCAUCUCGAAGCUGACGAAGACGUGCGUCCUGCGACUGACCCCCGACAACCUGUUCUUCGUUCUGUCUGGUAAAGUGGCCAAUGGCGGCGUCGGCAUGUGGUGCGAGCUGUCGCAGGCCAACUUCUUCGACGAGUACCAGAUGGAGGGCGUGUCCCCCGAGGACAACGAGAUUCUUCUGGAGGUGACUCCGGAGAACCUGUCCAGAGCCCUGAAGACGGUCCAGAACGCCAAGGCCGUCAAGGUCAAGCUGACCAAGAAGCACUGUCCCUGCCUCACCAUCGCCGCGGAGCUGCCGACUCUGUCCAGCGUCAGUCGAGUCGUCACGCACGAUGUCCCGGUCGACAUCGUCCCCCGGAGACUCUGGCACGAAUUCAAGGAGCCAAUCAUGCCGGACUUUGACGUCAGCGUCUACCUGCCUCCUCUGAAGACCAUGAAGAGCGUCGUGGACAGGAUGAAGAACCUCUCCAACUUCCUGGUGAUCGAGGCCAACCUGAACGGACAGAUGAACCUGAAGAUCGAGACCGAUCUGGUUUCUGUCACCACACACUUCAAAGACCUGGGGAACCCUCCGUGGGGCGACGACGCUGCGUCUCCGAGCCGGGAGUCUGAGGCCAUGGCCGAGGCCCGGGUGGACGUGAGGAGGCUGCAGCAGUUCCUCGUGGGCCAGCAGGUCAACCCGAGCAGGGCCAUGUGCAAUAUCGUCCACCAGGGCGUCGUGCACCUGAUUCUGCUGCAUGAGGACGUGUCGCUGCAGUAUUUCAUCCCCGCGGUGGCGUAAGACGACCCGGCGGGCCGCGGUCCUGUGAGACGGUACCAGUCUCUGUCCCGCACGUUGACCACACCGGGCCCAUUUCCCGUCCCUCAGGGUGGAACGUCGGGAAGACCGCUGACUUUCGGCGGCAGUAAGGUGAAAGCUGGUGAACGCACAUCUGAGAGAAAACCUUUGUACCGUCUUUGUUUGGGAAAUUCAGAUUGUUACGUGUUCUACAUUAAAAGACUCUGAAAGCGA